CCCUCGCUCCCUAUAAAAGUCCGUUUUCAUGGAUGUUCCCCCUCCGGGAAGGAGCCUCGGCCUCCUCCCCGCCCGCUGAGUGCUCGUGUUGUUGCUUUUCCCGCAGGUUUAGCGAGGAGGGGGCGCGGCGGAGAGGACAGAAACUGGAUGGCUUCUACGGUGAGCCUGGGCAAGGAAACGUUGUUGGAAGAUGGAAUGCCACCUGCAAAGAAGCCCAGGAAGCUGUUGCCAAGCCUCAAAACCAAGAAGCCUCAGGAACUCGUUCUGGUGAUUGGGACAGGAAUUAGUGCUGCAGUUGCUCCCCAGGUCCCAGCACUGAAGUCUUGGAAGGGGCUGAUCCAGGCCCUCCUGGAUGCUGCUAUUGACUUUGAUCUCCUGGAAGAUGAAGAAAGCAAACGGUUCCAGAAGUGUCUCCAUGAAGACAAGAACUUGGUUCAUGUUGCCCAUGACCUUAUCCAGAAGCUGUCUCCGCGCACAAGCAACGUUCGCUCAACCUUUUUCAAGGACUGUUUAUACGAGGUGUUUGAUGACCUGGAAUCUAAAAUGGAAGAUUCUGGGAAGCAGCUGCUUCAGUCUGUGCUUCACCUGAUGGAAAACGGGGCCCUUGUGUUAACCACAAACUUCGAUAACCUGCUGGAGCUGUACGCAGCGCACCAGGGGAAGCACCUCGAGUCUCUUGACCUGACUGAUGAAAAGAAGGUGCUGGAGUGGGCGCAGGAGAAGAGGAAGCUCAGUGUCCUGCACAUCCACGGCGUCUACACCAACCCCAGCGGCAUCGUCCUGCACCCGGCCGGGUACCAGAACGUGCUGCGCAACACCGAGGUCAUGCGAGAGAUUCAGAAGCUCUAUGAAAAUAAGUCCUUCCUCUUCUUGGGCUGUGGUUGGACUGUUGAUGACACCACGUUUCAGGCCCUGUUUUUAGAGGCUGUCAAGCACAAGUCAGACCUGGAGCACUUCAUGCUGGUGCGGAGGGGGGAUGUGGAUGAGUUCAAGAAGCUCCGUGAGAACAUGCUGGACAAGGGGAUCAAGGUGAUUUCCUACGGGGACGAAUACGCCGACCUGCCCGAGUACUUCGAGCGGCUGACGAGUGAGAUCGCCAUGCGGGGCCGCACAGGUGUGCCCAAGGAGGGGCAGCAGCUGAACGGCUCCGCGGCUGCCCAUGCCGAGAGAAAAGGAUGCAGCACCUGAGCCUCAGCCCUGCCCUGAGCCGUGGGGAGCUCCCAGGAUGGGCCCAAGCCAGGCCAGCAGCCCCAGGGGGGGCAGAGCCCAUGGAGCCAGGACCCUUCCAGCAGGGAACAGGCUGGGCAGAGCCUCCUUGGACAGACACCUGGUUUAACGUAGCUCAUCGUGGUUCUGGGGGGGCUGCGAGUGCCUGCGGAGCGCGGUGCCCCCGAGGGAGCUGCAGCCUCCUCUGAUUUCAUACCUAGUGCUUUUAUAUUCUGUAUUCCAAUUUUCAAAAAAAUGAAACUUGAGCUUUUUUUGUUUUUUUUUUUAACUGGAAGCUCUAGUUUUCUAGUCCUGUCUUUAUACUGUACAGUAUUUUGUAUGUUGAAGUUGUAUUAAAGGCCUGCUCACUGAA